GUCCUUUAACACUUAACGCUGCCUUCAUACACUUCUUCGGAGAGGAAAAACGUAAUAAAGCAUUUUUAUCGUGUUUCUGAUUUAAAUUUUUAUAGCAUACGUCUAGACAGUGAGUGAAUAAUACAUUCUAUCAACAUCAUCGAGCGCAUUAUAUAUAUUUAAGGCGUUUUUAAGCCUAACGUGACUAAUAUCUUCACUUAGCCGCUUCACGUGGUGGCAGUUUGCUGAGCGUGACUUAACUAUCCCCCUAAUUUAUUAAUAUCCAAAAUAUAAACGAUUAAUAUAAGUUUAAUAUUAAAUAGGUAUUAUGGCGGAGGAAGAAACUUCAAUAGAAACUACUGGAGAUACUGAACAAGCUCAACAGGAAACUGUUAAAGACUUCAGUGCACAGCUACUUAAAGAUCCCGGAUUUCUGGCGGCCGUGCAGAAGAACAUGGACAACAUGGUUGGCCUAUCAUCCGGCUAUAUAGAAAAUUUGCCCAAGGCUGUAAAGAGACGUAUUAGAGCCCUAAAAAAGCUGCAGCAUAAAAUGCACAUGAUUGAAGGUACAUUCCACGAAGAGUUGCACGAGCUGGAAUGUAGGUUAGCUAAAAAUUUGGAACCCCUUCGAGAACAACGAUUUAAUAUUCUAAACGGAAAUGUGGAACCGACUGAUUCUGACUGCGAUUGGCCAACUGAUCAAGAGGAAGAAGAAGAGGAGGAGGAGGAAGAAGAAUCGAAAGAUAAAGAAAAAGAAAACAAAGAAGAAGAAGAGAAGAACAUUACUGGGGUUCCCACUUUUUGGUUAACCAUUUUCAAAAAUGUACCAUUGCUGAAUGAAAUGCUACAAGAGCACGACGAACCAAUUCUAGAAAGUCUAACAGAUAUUCGAGUGGUUAUGAGAGAUUUAUCCAAUCCUGGAUUCACUUUGGAGUUUGUCUUUGCUGAAAAUGAAUAUUUUACUAAUAAAGUUUUGACCAAAGACUAUACCCUCUGCAUCAAACCAGACGACAAAGACUCUUUAGUAUAUGAAGGAGCGGAGAUCGUAGCCUGUAAAGGAUGCGAAAUCGAUUGGAAGAAAGAUAAAAAUGCUACCGUAAAAGUGGUUAGGAAAACACAAAAGCAUAAAUCUCAUGGGUCCCGUAGGACUGUCACGAAAACAGUGAAAAGAGAUUCUUUCUUCAAUUUUUUCGAUCCCCCUAAACAUACUGAAGGAGAAGAUGAAGCAAAUGAAGAGGAAACUGAUAUGCUAUUGGCUUCUGAUUACGAAGUCGGACACUUCAUUCGUGAAAGACUAAUACCGAGAGCUGUUCUUUAUUUCACUGGCGAAGCGCUUGAAGAAGAUGGAGAUGAUGAGGAUUACGAAGAUGAAGAAAAGGAAGAAGACUAUGACGAAGAAAACGAUUCAGAUUAUGAAAUGAAGGUAUAG